GUAUAGACUGGAGACGAGGCGUAGGACUGAACACAAUAACCAACUAAUCAUAUGAUUUAGUGAUCGCUGGCAUCGAGUUGUCAAUCGGCGGACAGUAUUGCAGACAUAUAUGAAUUGCUGACAACACAAGUGGUGCGGGUUUUUGGACGCAAUGAUCGGGUGAUGAGCCCUACGAUCGCCGCAAGUAUUUCACACACUUCUCAAUCGUUUGGUUGAUUUGAUUGGCGAUGAUUGAGACAAACCCUGUCAUCAAAGCCGUACGACCAGAGCGUAAGCACAUGACUACAGACACUCAUGUGGUGGACUCUUUGUCGGCCACCGGUCUCUCGUCCCGCAAAUGGCCGGUCAGUGACCACCGGCUUGUGUUGAAGCGGUCGACGUCUGCCGACUCCGUACUGAUGGCCGACGCGUAUCAAGUGAUCGGCGGUUCGCUCUCUGCGCACACGUAUGGCCUCCGCAGUGAUCAGUGCACUCAACGAUGUCAGCCUAAGAAUUAUCCCAUCGCUCUUUCCUCACUGCAAGCUAUUCAACGCUUGGGCUCUAAGCGUAUCUGUCAUCUCAUCUCUUAUAUCACGGUUUCUUUGCAGACACCACAAGAAUGGGAAGAGUCGGACAAAAUUAGAUUUGAAUCCACAUUAAAACAGCAUAAAACUGAGUCAGUACAAAAUACAGCGCUUCAAAGAAGAUCUGAUACCAGAUUUGUAUCCAACAAAGACCAGAGCACACAAAGCAUUGGUAGGUUUACAUGGGUUGGGACGGGAGUGCAGACAGCCUUUAUAUGUAGUGAUACUUUGAUUGACAACAAUUAUAACUCAUUAGAAUGUGAUUCAUAUAAAGCGACACAAGUGUUGGUUACGAGUGGUGUCAGUCCGACGAAGAGCGCGACAAAGUCGGGUCCCAUCACUAUUCCAACGAAACUAUGCGUCGAAAACAGUCGUUCGGCCAAUAGUCUCGAAGAACUCAAUCAGGAAAUCGAGAAUUUGGUUCUGAAAGGAAUGAAUGGUUACGACAACCAAACCCUAUGUGAUAAAGUGCCGGAAGGCCACAGAGCGCCGGUCUUUGAAUUGCUGGCAAUCAAAGCCCAAAAGCAAAUUAGUUGUGUCGGCAGUAGUGGUGAAGACAGCAGCGAUUUGAGUCAAUCGGAAUCACCCAUAUUUGCCACCGAAAUUAUCUCAACGACCACCACAUCCGACACAGUAAACGAUAUUCAGCACAACUAUUCAAUGAGUCCUAAAAUCAAUAAAUUUCUGACACGAGAACCGCCCGACGGGUGCGAGAAAAUCAAGAUCGUCAACGAAGAUGACAGAAUGAAUGCAAUGAAUUAUCACUCAGAUGUAUCACUCGGUGGUUUCGUGUGUCCGGUGCAGCCGUCGUCCGGUUUCGUAUUGCUUCCGAGUCGGAGCUCAGCAUUUCUGCCAAUUUUCAAACCCAACGACUUUUCUGCCGAUUAUCUCAAGAAUCGAAUUAAUUACAGAAAAAGUUAAACAAAAAUAACACAAAAUACUGUGAAAAAUGCAAAUGUUUUUCAUAAUAUAUGUCUGUAUUGAGGGAAACAUUUGCAAAAACAAUGAGAGAAAAGCGCCGUUCGGUUCCGAUUCUACAAUAAAUCUAUAUUAAUAUAAACAAUAAGUUUUAAGAAAACAAACGAAAAAUAGUGUUUUGAAAUUUAAUUCUAACUCUGAAAAUGAGAAACAAAAUAAGCAGAGA